AUGACAUUUCUUGAAGUUGCUAAAAGAUGCUUGCAUGAUGAACCAAAUAAACGGCCUACAAUGGCUCAAGUUGUGGUACAACUUGAGUCUGCACUGGAGCAGCUGGAAAGCUCAAAAUCUUCUGCUCCAGAGAUAGCCUGUUCUGAUAGUGUCGUGUCUUGUGCUGGGGAAACUCUCCAUUCAAUUAGCGCCGAGAUAGAAGAAAAGUCCUCUGUGGAUGAGCAGAAUAUGCCACUCUCUCUUUCUGAAAGAAGCAAAAUGGUUCAGAAUGCUGAGCCAUCCGGCAGAGAAGCACAAGUGUAUAAGAGAAACAAAACUGCUUAUAAGCUACCACGGUUUUUGCCAUGGAAUGCAUUAUGGAAAAGGGCAAACAUAACAAAGAAAAGCCAAUUAUCAAUACCAGUAAUAAACAUUGUAUGUACGUUCCUCAUAAUUGAGCUCUUAAUUGAGCCUGGCAGAUCACUGAAUUAUCUUGCAGAAUAUUUUGGACAGGAAGUUGAAUCGCAUAGAUUUGAUCUGGCUACAAUUGCAGCUGCAACUAAUAACUUUUCGCUUCCAAAUGAAAUUGGAGCAGGUGCAUCUGGUACUGUUUAUAAGGGUCUGUUAUCUACAGGACAGGAAGUAGCUGUUAAAAGGCUUUCAUCAAAUUCCUACCAAGCCGACAGUGUUCUUAAAAAUGAGGUUCUUUUGCUUUCCAAACUUCAGCAUCCAAACCUCAUUAAACUACUUGGAUAUUGUCUUCAUGGACAAGAAAGGAUGCUUGUACAUGAGCUCAUGGAGAAAAAAUCUCUAAAUGCUUGCCUAUUUGGUGAAACAAGACAUAAACUUGGAUGGACCAUACGUUUCGAAAUCGUUAUUGAUAUUGCUCGUGGAAUUCUUCAUCUUCAUCAAGAUUCAGGAUUGAAAAUUAUUCACAGAUGUAUCCAAGCAAGUACUAUUUUACUCAACAAAGAGAUGAAGCCUAAAAUUUCAGCUUUCGGUAUAGCUAGAACUUUAGAAGAACAUCAAACUGAAACGAGUACCUCAAGGAUUUUUGGGUCAUAUGAUUAUACGUCUCCAGAAUAUAUCAUGGAAGGUAUAUUCUCAAUUAAGUCAGACGUGUUUAGUUUUGGAGUUCUUGUCCUAGAGAUUGUGAGUGGAAGAAGCAUUAGUUCUUUUCCUGACCUUAUGUAUUGUGACUGGAAGACGUGGAACGGAGGAAAAGCAUUAGAAUUAUUAGAUAAAUCAAUGAAGGGUGAGUUUCCAGCAGAUGAAGCAUUAAGAUGUAUCCAAGUUGGACUUUUAUGUGUCCAAAAACGACGAGAUGAUCGACCAACAAUGCAAUCAGUACUUGAGAUGUUGGAAGGAGAAGUUCCGUUGUUGCCACAACCAUUACCACCACCAAUGUUGAAAAUGAAACAUACUCAGUUUGAUGAUGAGGACUUAGAUCGACUCAACCAAUGAUGUAACUAUUACAACGUUAAAGUGUCAGUAGAAAGCAUGUCCACAAGACUGCAACCUUGUUGUUCUGUUUUUGGGGUGUCUUUCAUUUGAUUGUCAACAAAGAAACAUUAUUAAUCUUAUGAAGCUGUUUCAUAGUUGUAUGCUAUGCAUAAACCAUAGAGUAGUUCUUUGCAUGUAAUUCAUAUAAAUACGAUAGUAAUAUAUAGUUCUCUCUUACGUCCUUUCUUUGAGUUUGAACAGUUGUAAUGACAUUCAAAUCCUCCAUUUGA